AUGGGCUCCAGCCAAAAAAAGAAAAACGAAAAGAAGAAGGAUUUCCAGAAAACGAAGCUUAAGGUUGGAAAGAAGAAGGCUGCCCCUUCGAACUUCACAAAUACCAGCUUUAAAUCGAAAUCAAUCGUAUUAAACCAACAGUCGCUUUCGACCACCGCCCCGUCAGAGUCCUCGCAGUUCACCCAUUCGCUAUCUCUGUUAGGCUCCAAGACAGAUAGCCAACGUAAAGAGUCCUUAUCUCACCUCACCACCGCUGUUGCAUCGCGACCAGUUGAUUCUCCACUUCCACGGCCAGUCGGAGUUAUACUGCCACUACUAUUCCCCUUAAUUCUGGAUGGCAAUAAUGGAGUGCGGACUCAGCUACUCAAACUGUUGAAGGUUCUCCCUCAACCUGACCUGGAAGGCCAUGCGCCAGCAUUCUUACCUUACCUUCGAGCUGGAAUGACACAUUUGGCUGCGGAUAUUAGACUAUCAUCAGUCGAAAUGCUAUCCUGGUUACUGUCUAUUGCUGGCCAGGAACUGGUGUCUGCCGCGGGGGGUUGGAUUAAAACCUUGAACUGCUUUCUCUCGCUGUUGGGAUGGCAUACUGAAGCUUCGACAAAGUGGACAUCUAAUAGAACUUCAUUUGGGAAAUCCGGCAGCGAAGGAAAGUUAAUGGUGAGGGUUCUACAAGUAUUUGCUGAGUUCCUACAUGCAGGGAUCGGUCGACCAGGCCAGAGUUUAUCCGAAGAGGGACAAGGAGUAAAUGAUGCCCGGGCAUUAUUUCCACUCCGACAUAUCCAAUAUCACAUCCUCCCGACUAAAGCAUCCCCAUUCGCGUAUCUCGACUUAUUUGGCAGCGUCAAAAGCGAAGAGGGAGACAUGUAUGAAUCUCGUGAAGAUCGACUGAGGGUCUUCACCGAACUCUUUCAACACCCUGUUGAAAGAGGUAUUGACGCUGCCCGACAAGACGGGGGUGAAAUCGGUCGUGUCUCUGCUGGCGUUAGAAAAGUACUCCGGGAAUGCAAUAUGUCUUCUAAUCUGUGA